AUAAGAUAUUUAUUAGAGACGGUUCUAGGAAAUCUUAACUUCGAUGAAACAUGUCGGCAUAGAUUAAUGGCUAUGAUGUCGGGGAGCGCCAUCCUUGUUUCGGGUUUACCAAAAGAUGUCCUUGAGAAAGACUUGCGGAUCUAUUUUCAAAGUAACGAAGAAUCUGGUGGAGGAGAUAUUGAUAACAUUGAUGUCGACGGUGAGCGAGGCGAGGCAAAGAUUGAAUUUGUGGAGGCUUCAGUUACCGAAMAAGUUCUUGACAGAAAACAUGAAUAUAAAGGGUGUCAGCUAACUGUGAAAGAAURYCAACCGUCUAUAGAUGAGGUACAUCAAGACGAACCUGAGUGCGCUUCUAUCCUGGUCAGUGGUCUUUCCAAUAAUUGUACAAAGGACGCCCUAGAAAUGUACUUUGAGAAUGCUCGUCGAUCUGGUGGUGGUGACGUCACUGAUGUAGAAAUGAAAGGGGAUAAAGCUGUCGUUACCUUCGAGUCGUCAGAUGUKGCCAAGCGGGUGCUUGCCAGACCACAUGAAUAUCAAGGGUGUCAGCUAACUGUGAAAGAAUACAAGCCUUCCACAGAUGAGUGUGUUUCUGUCCUGGUCAGUGGCCUUUCCAACAAAUGUACAAAAGACGCCCUAGAAAUGUACUUUGAGAAUGCUCGUCGAUCUGGUGGUGGUGACGUCACUGAUGUAGAAAUGAAAGGGGAUAAAGCUGUUGUUACCUUCGCGUCGUCAGAUGUUGCCAAGCGGGUGCUCACAAGAACACAURAAUAUCAAGAGUGUCAUCUAACUGUGGAAGAAUACAAGCCGUCCACAGAUGAGUGCGCUUCUGUCCUGGUCAGUGGCCUUUCCAGCAAAUGUACCAAGGACGCCCUAGAAAUGUACUUUGAGAAUGCUCGUCGAUCUGGUGGUGGUGACGUCACUGACGUAGAAAUGAAAGGGGAURAAGCUGUUGUUACCUUCGUGUCGUCAGAUGUUGCCAAGCGGGUACUCGCCAGAAUACAUGAAUAUCAAGGGUGUAAACUAACUGUAGAAGAAUACAAACCGUCUUCAUAUGAGAUACAUCAAGAUGAGCCCGAGCGUUCGUGUGUGCUGGUGAGCGGCUUUUCAGACAAUUGUACGAAAGAYGCCCUAGAAAUGUACUUUGAGAAUGCUCGUCGAUCUGGUGGUAGUGACGUCACUGAUGUAGAAAUGAAAGGGGAUAAGGCUGUCGUUACAUUCGCAUCGUCAGAUGUUGCCAAGCGGGUGCUCACAAGAACACAUGAAUAUCAAGGGUGUCAACUAACGGUGGAAGAGUACAAGCCGUCUACAGAUGAGUGUUCUAGUGUGUUGGUCAGCGGCUUUUUAGAUAAUUGUACGAAAGACGCCCUAGAAAUGUACUUUGAGAAUGCUCGUCGAUCUGGUGGUGGUGACGUCAAUGAUGUAGAACUGAAAGGGGAUAAAGCUSUCGUUACCUUCGCGUCGUCAGAUGUUGCCAAGCGUGUGCUCGCCAGAUCACAUGAAUAUCAAGGGUGUCAACUAACUGUGGAAGAAUACCGUGCUUCUUUGUUAGUCAGCGGUAUUACCAGUACAAUUACAGAGGGGAAAAUACGAAGGUACUUUGAGAAUGCCCGUCAGUCUGGUGGCGGUAAGGUGACAGACAUCCAGCGUCAUGGAAGUCAAGCAAUUGUUACGUUUGCGUCUCCUUUUGUUGCAGAACGAGUGUCACAGAAGAAAACCCUAGAAUUUUGUGGAGCGAGGUUUACUAUGACGCUGAAAGAAAUCUGUGAAGAAACUCCAAAAGAUCCAAWAAGACUUCACGUGAUCAAUAUAGACACUGAGAUAUCUGCGGAGAGGUUAACAUUGUUCAUGGAGGUGAUCAGCGGAGAGGAAGUAGAAGACGUGRUUUUUGGAAGUUAUUCAAAUGCAUUGGUUACCUUUAAAAAUCCACCAGACUUCAAGAAAUCACAAGAAAAGUGUAGCACAAGAGCCCUUGACGGCAGACACCUAGAAAUCGAACAGGUUGACAUAUGUAACUGUAUCGAAGUGACAGGACUCGCUCCAAAYACAACCAGAGACAUCCUGUUCUAUUACUUCGAAAGUCCACGAAAUGGAGGCGGUGAAGUGAAAAAGGUAGAAAUGGAUGAAGAUGGCACAAGAGCUUUGGUGUUCUUCGAAGAUCUAUCAGUUAACAAUAAUAUGGUCACAAAGCAAGAUCUUGUAAUCAAUGGAACGAAGCUGAAGGUGGUUCCUUACUAUGUCUUUCUUGGUGAGACCUCAGCCASCCCUGGAGUUGGGAAAGCGGAAAGAAUUGUCAAAGCCAGUCCACAGACGAUGGAAUUUAUUAACAAAUUCCUCAAACAAGAAUUCGAACAGCUUCUGCAGGAACACCAAAUAAAGUACACGUGGCAGGAAGGUUCAGGAGAGAUUGUUCUUAGUUGUGUUGAGCCCAAGAUGGACAAGAAGACAUGGGAGAAUUCCUGUGAAGCUGUUGUAGCCUUCAUCAACCAGAUUGUGACACAAACUAUCCCCGUGUCAGAAGAAGAAGUCUGGAAAGAAUUGUGUAAGGAAGCGAAGAAAAAGUGUGUCGUUUUUGAAGACCGAGUAAAUAUCAUGUGCUUGRAAAAAAAACGCUCAUUCACGUUGACAGGCAAGAAAACUGAGGUGUCUUUAUUGACCGAACAAUUGAAAGAUCUAAGCUCUGAAAUUGAGAAGCAAAUUAUUUACGAAAAAAGCAAAAUUAGCAAGAAAAUUUCUCUCAACGUUGCACAAAUGGAGUUGUUUAAGUUCAUUGGGUUUGUAGAAGAUCUGCAAGAGAGAUUUAAAGACCUUGAAGUGACGUGACGAUGGUAGAAAACGAUGGAUCCAUUAACUUCAGGG